AUGACUGAUAUUGUUUUGCUGGAAAUCCUUUUUAGAGGUAUAGCUAUGUUUGUAGCAAAGCUCAAUGAUGCAUCGUUUAAAAGGUUGCACAAUGCCAUGACUACAGUUGCACUUUACAAUGCUGCAUGCUAUUGCAAUGCCUCUGUCCUGAACCAGACUCUGUUCUCUAAUCUCAGCAGUUUUGAACAGCAAUCGGAUGUGGAAUCGGGGAACUGGUCCCUCCUGACCAAGGAUCAGUGUAUGCAACUAGGGGGCCAUCUAGUGGGCAACAGUUGCAACUACGUGCCUGACAUCACUUUCAUGUCCUUCAUUCUGUUUCUGGGAACGUUGUUCUGUGCUAUGGUCCUGAAAAAAUUUAAAUCAAGUCGCUAUUUUCCCACUGGUGUAAGGAAGCUAGUGGGCGAUUUCUCCAUUAUUCUGACAAUCCUCAUCUUCUGUGGAAUUGAUGCUGCUCUUGGAUUAGAGACACCAAAGCUUCUUGUUCCAGAAACAUUCCAGCCUACAAAUCCCAAGCGAGACUGGCUUGUGUUUCCAUUUGGAGCAAAUCCCUGGUGGAUAUACUUAGUGUCUUCAGUACCUGCCAUUCUAGUUACCAUCCUCAUCUUCAUGGAUCAACAGAUAACAGCUGUCAUUCUCAAUCGCAAGGAAUAUAAACUGCAGAAAGGGGCAGGAUUUCAUCUAGAUUUCCUCUGUGUUUCCCUACUGAUGAUUGUUACAUCGUUUAUGGGUUUGCCCUGGUAUGUGUCCGCCACAGUCAUAUCUCUGGCGCAUAUGGACAGCCUUAAGAAAGAAAGCACUACCAGUGCUCCAGGAGAACAGCCAAAGUUCCUCGGAAUCAGGGAACAAAGAGUUACAGGAUUGAUGGUCUUUAUUCUCACAGGAUUGUCUGUGUUUCUUGCUCCUGUGCUCAAGUUUAUCCCAAUGCCUGUGCUGUAUGGCAUUUUCUUUUAUAUGGGUAUAUCUGCACUUAGCAGUAUUCAGUUCAUGGAGAGACUUCAACUCUUGUUGAUGCCUGCUAAACACCAGCCAGACUUCAUUUAUCUACGCCACGUUCCACUACGCCAAGUGCAUCUUUACACCUUCAUUCAGAUCUUCUGCCUUGCUGUCCUGUGGCUCAUUAAGUCAACUGCAGCUGCCAUUAUCUUCCCUUUAAUGCUGCUGGCUCUAGUGGGUAUUCGGAAGGCAAUGGAAUACAUCUUCUCUCUACAACAUCUGAGUUGGCUGGAUGAUAUUAUGCCAGAAAAAGACAAAAAGGAGGAAGAAGAAAAGCUGAAGAGGAUACAAGAUCAGGAUGAGAGUGACAGUGAAGAUACUGAACUUAUGUACCAAGAAAAAGGACCAGAAAUCAAUAUCUCUGUGAACUAGAUGAAGAUAUCCAUCAGCUGACAAGCCAAAG